AUGAGCUCACGGGUCCUUAACUUGUCUCGCACUGCCCAGGCCGCCCGAGCUAACCAACAUGUCGUGCGUUCUAACGACCCCGCAGCAGUGCGUCCAGUGCAGUCGCUCCCAAGGACCCAGCAGAUUGCCGAAUUCUCCAACACCAGUCCCAGUAACGAUCGGCUAGGGCACCGAGCUAAAGAGAAGCUCCUAGAUCGGGAAUUCUUCCUCAGUCUACUGAGCUCUGCUUCAACCAAGCGCGAGGCUAAGUCGUACUUGUCUCGCUUCAAGAAGAACCAUCCCAAGUCAACCGCCCAACCCGCAAAUGAGCAGGAAGUGGCUAAGGAGAACCCAUCGGAGUCCUUGUCCUCCGGCGUCAAUCUGGGAUCAUUCUACGGUGCUUCGAGAGCCGUCUACGACAGCCCGGUUUUCCGGCAAAACACUACCCCUGCUCCACGAAGUCAAGAGCCAGCCGAGAGGCUUCAUUUAGCCUUGAUCAAGAUCACAAACCCCCAGUCUCUCAACGAUGAGGUGGUAACUGGUGUCGCUCGGACUCUGUCUCAGCUCAUACGCUUGGGUAUGGGAUGUCUUGUAGUAGUUGACCCAGGAAAGAUGGACGACCCAGCCAUGCGACAACUCGCAAUUGACCAGGCUAAUCGGAUUUCAGCGGCGGUUGAUGAACAACCUGACUCUAAAUCAUUCCGUCUGGACUCGGCACUUUCGCUCUCCGAGAAGGGUCCGGGGCUUCCUAGUGUCAUGUCCCGGAAGGCCCUUUUGAGCCCGCUCCGUGAUGGCCAUGUCGUUAUUGUAACACCAGUUGCGUAUUUGGAGGAGAAUCCUCGAGCCGUCCCGGUAUCUGCAAACGAUGCAGUGCUUGCGCUGACCAAGGAAUUCGCGGGGUUGUCCACGGUUCCUGAUCCAGACGAAGACCCUGCUGUCACUGCGGAACGAAUCGAUGCCCUACAAAAGGAAGUCUCACUGGAUCGAGUGAUUCUUCUACACCCUCUCGGAGGCAUUCCAGCCUUCAGGGGACCUCAAUCAUCACAUGUCUUCAUCAACAUGGAGCAAGAAUUUGAUGAAAUUGAAGAGGAAUUGUCUGAGACACGAGAAUCGAUCGUCGGAAACGCGAAGCUGCCCUCGCCCCACAAGGACACAGGACCUGCAUCUGCUUUACUAGACAGCAACCCAUUCUCAAAAUUCGUGAAUGAGGAGGUUAUCUCGCCUCUCCCAGGGCAAUCGAACCAUCUCCCCGGUGCGGAGGCGAUGGCAGUUGUUCUGGAUGGUCAUUUGGAGAACCUCCGUCUCUCUCAACAAACGCUGGCAAUGCUACCCUCCGCCUCCUCUGGCAUCAUUGCAUCUCCGCAAGAAGUCGCCAACUCUGGUCGAUCCCCUCAGGCUGCUUCAUCGAAUGUGUCGGCUGUUGGAACUCGACGCCAGCGCAAUCCUCUCAUCCACAACCUCCUCACCGAUAAACCUCUUCUAUCGUCCUCACUUCCACCGGGGCGCCGCGCUGCUGGAUCCAGCCGGCCCAGUGCUAUCAGUCCACUGCCACCUCAUACCACUUUCGUGAAAAGAGGAAUGCCCCUCACCCUUCUCCCCAAUCCAUAUACCCACAUUUGGACUGCCCAGAGUCAACCACGCCUGCAAUUAAACGACCCAUCAAUCGACCUCCCCCGACUCGUCGAACUCAUUGAAGAUUCCUUCGACCGCAAGCUCGAUGUACACGAUUAUCUAAAACGCGUGAACGAUCGUAUCGCCGGCAUCAUCGUUGCAGGCGAGUACGAAGGCGGCGCAAUCCUAACGUGGGAAACACCACCCGGCGUGAUCGACGACGGCAGUCCCGAGAACGCCGCACGCAUGGUCCCCUACCUAGACAAAUUCGCAGUACUCAAGCGCAGCCAAGGUGCCGGCGGCGUGGCAGAUGUCGUGUUCAACGCAAUGGUGCGUACAUGUUUCCCCAAUGGGGUCUGCUGGCGUAGUCGCAAGGAUAAUCCCGUGAACAAGUGGUAUUUUGAGCGGUCUUGCGGCUCUUGGAAGCUGGCUGAUAGCAAUUGGACGAUGUUUUGGACUACACCUGGUUUGCCGGAGGAUACGCAGCGGUUCCAGGACUAUGAGGCUGUGUGUCGGGCUAUUCAGCCUAGUUGGGCUGAUAAUAAAAGCGUUAUUGAUUAG